AAGCGACAGCCCAGAUUUAAGAAAACGAAACCUAGUGCAGCUGGGGCACUUCCGGGAUCUCGCUAUCCGGCCGCCACCCGCAGCUGCAGCACAGCCAUGGCCCAGGCGUCGCCGCCCCGGCCCAAGAGGGUACUCGGCGCCAGCAGUCCAGAGGCCCAGCCCGCGCAGGAGGCGCUCCUCCUUCCCACCGGGAUGUUACUUAUAGGUGUCUUUCAGGUUGCAGAAAAGAUGGAAAAAAGGACAUGUGCACUGUGCCCCAAAGAUGUCGAGUAUAAUGUCCUGUACUUUGCACAAUCAGAGAAUAUAGCUGCUCAUGAGAAUUGUUUGCUGUAUUCUUCAGGACUUGUGGAAUGUGAGGAUCAUGAUCCGCUUAAUCCUGAUAGAAGUUUUGAUGUGGAAUCAGUAAAGAAAGAAAUCCAGAGAGGAAGGAAGUUGAAAUGCAAAUUUUGUCAUAAAAGAGGAGCCACCGUGGGAUGUGAUUUAAAAAACUGUAACAAGAAUUACCACUUUUUCUGCGCCAAGAAGGAUGACGCAGUUCCACAGUCUGAUGGAGUUCGAGGAAUUUAUAAACUGCUUUGCCAACAACAUGCUCAAUUCCCGAUCAUCGCUCAAAGUGCUAAAUUUUCAGGAGUGAAAAGAAAAAGAGGAAGGAAGAAAUCCCUCUCAGGCAAUCAUGUACAGCCACCUGAAACAAUGAAAUGUAAUACAUUCGUAAGACAAGUGAAAGAAGAGCAUGGCAGACACACAGAUGCAACUGUGAAAGUUCCUUUUCUUAAGAAAUGCAAGGAAGCAGGACUUCUUAAUUACUUACUUGAAGAAAUAUUAGACAAAGUUCAUUCAAUUCCAGAAAAACUCAUGGAUGAGACUACUUCAGAAUCAGACUAUGAAGAAAUCGGGAGUGCACUUUUUGACUGCAGAUUGUUCGAAGACACAUUAGUAAAUUUUCAAGCAGCAAUAGAGAAAAAAAUUCAUGCUUCUCAACAAAGGUGGCAGCAGUUGAAGGAAGAGAUUGAGCUACUUCAGGACUUAAAACAAACCUUGUGCUCUUUUCAAGAAAAUAGAGAUCUUAUGUCAAGUUCUACAUCAAUAUCAUCCCUGUCUUAUUAGGGAUUACCAUUUCCUAAGCCAAGAGUCAUGUCAAAUUGCAGUCAGGCUGAAAACCAGAGACCAGGCUGUGAAAUCCACACAUCUUUAGAACUAGUUGUCUCCUCUUGGCCUCGGCAGCUCUUCCUUGUUCCUACUGGUUGACAUUUUGAUCACUCUUUGCACACUCUUACUUGUGUUUUUUGCUCAUUGUCACACUCCCAGCACCUAGUAUGCUCAGUAAAUGUUUGUGGAAUAAGUGCAUAAAAUGUUCUUAACCUUUGAUUCUACUUACAGCCCAUGAUACCUCUUAGAUAUAAUAAAUUUGGAUUAUACUA